AUGGCGCUGCGGGCCCGGGCGCUGUACGACUUCAGGUCGGAGAACCCGGGGGAGAUCUCGCUGCGGGAGCACGAGGUGCUGAGCCUCUGCAGCGAGCAGGACAUCGAGGGCUGGCUGGAGGGCGUCAACAGCCGCGGCGACCGCGGCCUCUUCCCGGCCUCUUACGUGCAGGUGAUCCGCGCCCCGGCCGCCGAGCCGCCGCCGCCCGCCCGCUACGCCAACCUCCCCGCCGGCGGCUUCGAGCCGCUGCCGCCCCCCGCCGCCUUCAAGCCGGCGACACAGCAGGCCCCGCCGGCGGCGGCGCCCGAGCCCUUCCCUCUGCCCCCCGCCGCCGGGUACCCCUUCCGGCUGGCGCCCUACGGCGGGUCCUACCAGCCCAGCCAGGGCAGCGAUGACGACUGGGACGACGACUGGGACGAAAGCUCCACGGUGGCCGAUGAGCCGGGCGCCCUGGGCAGCUCCUACCCCAACUAUGAGGCGGCAGGUGACCGGGCCUCUGGCCGCUACUGCCUGUCCACGCGGUCCGAGCUGUCCCUGAGCUCCCACGGUGGCCAUCUGGCAGGCCACCUGCACCCACCCGGCAGCAGCGCCAAGAGCUCGGCCACGGUGAGCCGCAACCUCAACCGCUUCUCCACCUUUGUCAAGUCCGGCGGGGAGGCCUUCGUGCUGGGCGAAGCAUCAGGCUUUGUGAAAGACGGGGACAAGCUGUGCGUGGUGCUGGGCCCCCAGGGCCCCGAGUGGCAGGAGAACCCCUACCCUUUCCAGUGCUCCAUCGAGGACCCCACCAAGCAGACCAAGUUCAAGGGCAUGAAGAGCUACAUUGCCUACAAGCUGGUGCCCAGCCACACCGGGCAACAAGUGCACCGCCGCUACAAGCACUUUGACUGGCUCUAUGGACGCCUGGCCGAGAAGUUCCCCGUCAUCUCCGUGCCCCACUUGCCAGAGAAGCAGGCCACUGGCCGCUUUGAGGAGGACUUCAUCUCCAAACGUCGCAAAGGCCUGGCCUGGUGGAUGGACCACAUGUGCAGCCACCCCGUGCUGGCUCAGUGCGAUGCCUUCCAGCACUUCCUCACCUGUCCCAGCACAGAUGAGAAGGCCUGGAAACAAGGCAAGCGCAAGGCUGAGAAGGACGAGAUGGUGGGUGCCAACUUUUUCCUGACCAUCAGUGUCCCCACUGGCCCUGGGGCCGGCCUGGACUUACAGGAGGUGGAAAGCCAGGUGGAUGGCUUCAAAGCCUUCACGAAGAAGAUGGACGAGAGCACCCUGCAGCUUAAUCACACGGCCAACGAGUUUGCCCGCAAACAAGUCACUGGUUUCAAGAAGGAAUACCAGAAGGUGGGGCACUCCUUUAAGUGCCUCAGUCAGGCGUUUGAGCUGGACCAGCAGGCCUUUUCGGCUGGCCUCAACCAAGCCAUAGCCUUCACUGCAGAAGCCUAUGACGCCAUCGGGGACCUCUUUGCAGAUCAGCCCCGGCAGGACCUAGAUGCUGUGAUAGAUUUGUUAGUACUGUAUCAGGGGCAUUUGGCCAACUUUCCAGACAUCAUCCAUGUCCAGAAAGGAGCCCUUACCAAAGUAAAGGAGAGUAAGCGACAUGUGGAAGAGGGGAAGAUGGAGCUCCAAAAAGCUGAGGGCAUUCAAGAACGCUGUAACAUUAUUUCUUUUGCGACUCUAGCAGAAAUUAAUCAUUUCCACAAAAUUCGUGUGAGAGACUUUAAAUCACAGAUGCAGCAUUUCUUACAACAGCAAAUACUCUUUUUUCAAAAAGUGACACAAAAGCUAGAAGAAGCUCUUCACAAGUAUGACAGUGUUUAAUCUCUGAACUUUGAUUGGUGGACUUUCCUCAGUAUGAAUGUGACUCAAGCAGCAGAGCAAACAUUGCUGCUGCUGAAGAACUGUUGCUAGUGGUAGAUGGUGGUACAAGGAUGGUUUUGUGUUCACCUGGAAUCCUGAUUUAAUUUCUGAUUAUGUAGAAAAGAAACAGUUAUAGGGCUAUGUAGUAGAAACAGUACCACGCAUUGUAACUAAGUUAUACUGUGUAUGCCUACACUACCAUUGUAACUUUUUUGAAAUAAUGACUAUACUAUUUGCCUUAUUGCUUUUUGAAAUAUGGUAUUUUAGUGCAUACUUUG